AUGCGAUCCAAGGCCGUGUCACCCCUCUUCCUCGCCCUGGCGGCUUGUGCCGUCAAAGCGGAGAGGGCCUCCCCCUCCCGCGGCGGAGGCGAUGACGCCCAGUCCCUGCCCGUGUACCUCACAGUCCAGACGACCAACGGCCCCAUCACGGGCCAUCCCGCGAGCAACUCACCCAGCGUGCUCGAAUACCUGGGAAUACCGUACGCCAAGCCUCCGGUCGGGGACCUGCGCUUCGCCCCCCCGGAGCGCUUCACCGAUGGCAAGCCGUACGAGGCGGCGCAUUUUGGAUACGACUGUCCGCUGACGGCCUCGCCGCCUGUCGACUACCCCGGACUCACGCCGCAGGCACCGCGGAUCCUGUCGUACUUUGCCUCGGGCGCGGGCACCAACAAGAGCGAGGACUGCUUGACGCUCAAUAUUUGGACCAAGCCAACGGCCGCUUCCUACAAGUCUCGGAAGCCUGUGAUUGUAUUUUUCUACGGUGGGCGGUUUGCUAUUGGAAACACGAAUAGCCCGUUUUACAAUGGCAAGUACUUUGCCGACGCGCAAGACGCCAUCUUCGUCACGGUGAAUUAUCGCAUCAAUAUAUUUGGCUUCCCCGGCUUCCCUGGCAAGCCGCAGAAUGCUGGGCUGCGCGAUCAACGUGCCGCGGUUGAGUGGCUGCAUGAGAACAUCCAUGCAUUCGGAGGCGACCCCGACAGGAUCACCAUCGCUGGCCAGUCGUCCGGUGGUGUCUCGGUCGACUACUGGACGUACGCGUACCAAGAGAAGCCUCUCAUCAGCGGCGUGAUUGCCACUUCCGGCAACGCAUUCAGCUUUCCGGUGCAGCCCGCCGGCGUCCCGUUGGCAAACUUCAAGCAGGUCGCCAGGCAACUCGGAUGCUGCAGCAAAAGAGACGUCUACGAGUGCGUGAAGCGCGCCGACUGGCGCAAGCUGGAAGCCGCGGCCGCCUCGGUCCCGCCGGGCAAGAGCAGCAGCCCGCUGCGCUCCGUGCCGCCCUUCUACCCCAUCCCGGACGAGGAGGUCGUCUUCUCCGACUACGUCAACCGCACCCAGGAGGGCCGCUUCGCCCGGGUGCCCCUCUUCUCCGGCAACAACGACAACGAGGCUGGCUACUACAAGAUCCCCGCCUACGCCAAGGGCGUCGUGCCCACGCAGGCGCAGGUCGACGCCUUCCACCUCGAAAGCUUCACCUGCCCGGUCGCGCACCAGGCGCGCGCGCGCGAGCACCACGGCGUGCCGGCCUGGACGUGGCGGUACCUCGGCGACUGGGACAACACGCGCCUGUACCCGACGAGCGGCGCGUACCACGGCACGGACCUGCACAUGGUCCUUGGCGCGUCGGGGGACGUCAGCGGCAUAAAGCCGAAGGCGGAGCAGCAGGCGCUGACUGAGGUCGUGCAGCGGGCUUGGUAUGCCUUCAGUAAUGAUCCGUGGCACGGGCUGACGGAGGAGAUGGGCUGGCCGCGAUACGCCGAGGGCACGGAGAGUCUGGUUGUGUAUGGAGAGAACAAUAGCGCAAAGCCGGUGCUUGUGAAGCCGUCAGAGUACGAUGCCCCGUGUUCGACAAUCAUCUUGGGCGCACUGAGCACACAAACUUGA